UACAAAGGUAAUCAUAUGAUUUGAAAAACACGAUGUUGUAUUAUUGUAUUACUUUCAUCAAUGAUGUUAUGUAAGUUUUAAAACUAAUAAUCAUAUCGGUGACUUAAGCAGAGGAGCUUGGUCUUUGAAUGUUUAAAUUGCCAGGGCAAGCAGCUUGAUUGAGGAUGGCGGUCAGGGUGGCAGGCGAUGAGCUACCGUGCGAGGUGGUGUCACACCUGAUGAGCUUUCUGCCUCUGCGAGACCGAAUCAGCGCGUCAGCCACUUGCAGGCAGUGGUAUGAGGCGAGCAGGGCGCCGCACCUACACGCCCGCGAGGUGGUCCUUGUGCACACCAGCCGCGCCAUCAAAGACCUGUGUCCCGAGGCCGUGGUGCACCCAGAUACCCUGGAGGUAGAGCCUGUGUGGCCACCACCGCCCUUCCAGAACUUCUGCUUCCGCGAACUGGAGGUGCGCACCACUGGGGAAAUGCGGCACUUCUGGCCGCGCUUCGGCCGCCGAAUCCUCCGCUUGUCAUUGCAGAACUGUGAGGUCAGCGAGAAAGCGUUCAACGACAUCCUAGUGCAGUGUCCCAACCUAAGGUACCUCCACUUGAGCGGCUGCAAUGAGUUAUACAUGUCGGGAAAGGUUCUCGAGAGUUGUCAGGGCACUCUGCGUCUGCAGGCCCUGGACGAGCUGCAGCUGACCAACACCAGGUACAUCUCAGACUGCAUCUUCAACAGGUUCGUGGCGUUGGCGCCCAACCUGCGGCGGGUGGCUCUGCUUGGUUGCAACAUCACAUGCAGCUCGGCCGUCUUUGGUCGCUUCUACCCUGAGCCCAGGGCGCAGCAGCUGCGCAAUCAGCUAGCCCAGGGCGUCAUCCCGGUGGACGUGGCUGCCGCUAAUGUAUUCACCUUUGAGAACGUACUCGGUGUGCUGAGCGUGCGCAAGGUCAUCUCAUUAGGCGUUGGCGUCACCUCAUUGGCCUUCGACAACCUGAAUGACCUGUGCCAACGGCUGAACAGCGUGCGGGCGCUCGACCUUCGCAAGUGCUUCCAGCUGGUCAAGGGACUCAAUAGGGUGGCUGACGCCUUUUCCGCCACCCUAACUGACCUCGACCUGUCCGACUGCUCCUUCCUCACUUCCGCCGACCUGAGGCAUCUCGGCAAGUUGACUGCCCUGCAUAGGCUCAACCUGAACGGCUGCAAAAAUGUAGAUGGGGAGGUGGCGCAUGAGCUGCGCAACCUGAGCAAACUUGAGCUACUUGACCUGUCCAACAACGAACGCGUUCUCGGCCCUAUCCUCUCCCAGGCAAUGGCCGCGAUGACCCAGUUGAAGCAUCUGUACCUGAACCGACUGGCGCUGCUGGACAGUGACAGUCUGUUACAAAUCGUGAAACAGGCACCACCGCUGAUCACCCUGGAGAUGGCUGGUUGCGUUUUGCCCCUUAUUGACGCCGUCCUAGCUGUCGUUUGCACCAGACACACCACCAUUAAGCGCCUCAACCUUGCAAACUGUCCAUUUGUAACAGACGCUGGUCUAACCGGACUGUCUGAAAACCCUGAGUUGGAGUGUCCACCCGCGUAUCAAAAUACCUUGAUGGACGUCCUACCGCAUUGUGGGGUGUCUUUGGGCAGCAAGGCCGAAAGGCAGAUAGUCUACGAGGCCAAGAGAAAGAAACAGCUUGCUGUGCACUUGACUCCUCUCAAGGAGGCGAUGCUGCAGCAAGGCAUCUGCAACCUGACAGCUUUGAGCUCUUUGGACCUUUCCAACUGCAGCAGGGUGUCUGACCUGAGCGUGAGGAACGUAUUCAGAUUCAAUCAGCUCAGGUUUUUGAGUUUAGAGAGGAAUUGCCAGAUCACAGAUAGCAGUAUUCAGUCGCUGGUUAUGCACUGCCCCAGUAUUGAGGAACUCAAUUUGCAGGAUUGCGGCCAGUUGACCAACCUUGGCGUUUCCUACCUUAGCCACCUCCAAAGAUUGCGUGAACUAAACCUGAAUGGCUGUGAUUUUCUGGGUGACGCUAGUUUAGAGGCGCUGAUGACGAGCAAGGGUCCACUACGCAACGUCAGUCUACAGAGAUGCAGUAAAUUAACGCCGAACGCGGUCAACAUCUUCUGCAACUGGCUGAGUCACUCUAUUAACUGGAGUAUGCCGCAGAACAAACAGCAGUCUUGGUGUAUGCCACCACCACCGCCCCACCUUCCUUCAUUCACCGAUGCUGACUGCUGAUAUUUUGUGAUCUUUGUUACAUAAUUAUAUUUAUUUCUGAUGAUAUGAUUAAACAUUCUGAUUUUACCCUA